AUGCUAUGCAAAACAUGCUCAAACAUCUUCACCAACAUCUCCACAGAUACCCAACGCCUCCCCCACCGCCAGACCUUCGCCGACUUGAAAGCAGCGGCGACUUCAGGUUGUCAAAUAUGUUUCGCCUUCUGGAACCAGUAUUCGGACGCUCAGCAACAGCAAUUGUGCCAGAGAGAAGCGGGCAAAGAGCCCUGUACUAGCUAUUUUGUGGAUGCUGUCAGCCGACAUGAGCCGGAGAAUGAGACCGACUACCAGCUGUGGUUGACGAAUGAUGAUAUUGAGAAGUCGUUGGCGUCGCAUUCGUUGGUUGUUUUUACGAUUUCGCCGGUUGAGGGGGAGGGAGACGGAGAACCCAGCAAGAAAUUGGACAUACCGCAAUCGAACAAUACUUCCUCCACCGAGACAUGGAAAUUAAUCGAUCAAUGGCUCGACCGAUGUAAAAAAACACACCACCCUCUCUGCCACUCCCCCUCGCAACAAACCUUCUACCCAACCCGCCUCCUCCUCCUCGACCACACCCAUCAACGGGCCCGCCUCCUCGAAACCUCCCCAACAAUCCCCACCGGCCAAUACCUAACCCUCUCCUACCGCUGGCAAAACAUCCCCUCCUUCCUCCUCACGCACAAAACCCACCAACCCCUCCUCCAAGGCUUCCCCAUAUCCUCUAUGCCCCACGUCUUUCGAGAUGCCACACUGGUCUGCGCCAAGCUAGGCGUCGACCUCCUCUGGAUCGACGCCCUCUGCAUCAGGCAAGACCCGAACGACCAGUCCGACUGGGCGAAGGAAUCCCUUCAGAUGGAUAAAGUCUACUCGAACGCCUUCCUCAAUAUCUCCGCCGCGGCGGCGACAGAUGGUGGGUGUAGUCUUUUCGCGGAGCGGAAUCCAGACAUCCUCCAUGAACCAGUCGUCUCCGCUGCCUUUGACGAGGGAGAGGUCAAAGAGUACAGAGUCAAGAACAAGUAUUUCUGGCAAAACGAAGUCGAGCUCUUGCCUCUCAACCUCCGGGGCUGGGUCUUCCAGGAACGACUCCUCGCGCAGCGAGUGCUUCGCUUCGGGAGGAAUCAGGUUACCUGGGAGUGUGCCUGCACCACAGCGGCAGAAGGAUUCCCAGACGGUGUGCCUCGCGGGUUGAUCGACACCGCGCCGGGCAUCUCGGCGAACUUCGUGAAACAUCUACAGCGAGUCCGAGAGAACACAGGCGAAGGCGGGAGGAGAAUGAUCUAUGAAGUCUGGGACAAUGUGGUCGAUAAGUACUCGCAGUGCGGCUUGACCAAGUCUGAGGAUAAACUCGUCGCUUUGGCGGGUAUUGCGAAAGUCUUCGCUUCGUUCGCCAACACGCAAUACGUCGCGGGCAUGUGGAAGGAGGAUCUCGAGGGUGGCUUGCUCUGGAGCGUGCACUACUACCGACACGACGAAGAAAACCCUUCGAGGAGGAGCGAGGUCUACAGGGCUCCCAGUUGGUCCUGGGCAUCCGUGGAGGGAUGCGCUGGGUCGUUGAGAUUUACGGCGAAGAGGGGGAGGUGGGAAGUCGUAGAUGUUGUGCUUGACUUGGCUGGCGAGGAUGAGAUGAGUCCGGUGAAGGAUGCCAGCUUACUGCUCAAGUGCGGUAUGAUCAAAGUGACAGUUAGUAAAGACCGCAAGAGGGAACCCUGGGCCGAAGAGCGCGAUUUCUCUUUCACUGGACAGGACGGAGAAUCCAAGAACGUGAAGCUCUGUGUUGACUGGGACGAAUCUGGCGACAGCACGAAUAUGGGGGAGAAGGAGGCCUACAUCGCAUCAGCCGGGUUUUGGGAGCAAAAGGGCAGUCUUCGUGGGCAUGGGCUAUUGCUUGUGCAUGUUGAGGGUGAUGGUCAUGUUGGCACCUACCGUCGUUGUGCGUACUGGCAGACGCCUCCUGGGGAUAUGAAUCCGGAGCUGGUCGUCGUCAAGACGUUGCAGGAGGCUCUGAAACAAGCAGCUGAAGUCCCUUGUGUGCGGUGGGAUGGAGAUGCGAGGGUUAUACGGAUGAUAUAG